AUGUCAAAAGUGGCUUUACCGGAAAUACCAACUCACAGCUACACUUUUCACCCUAUUGAGAGAUUUCUCAAAGGAGACUUCAAGCAUGACAUGUUGUAUGAUGUCAUUGGUGUAUUACAAGAUGUUGUGAAAACCCAGCAAGGAGGUGGCGGUAGGAAAUCUUGCGUCAAUAUCACUUUGCGUGAUGUAGAAGGCAAUGUGAUUGAACUGGUGUUAUGGGAGGAUUACGCCAAACAGUUUGUCAUCUACACCACCCCUAACAACUUUGCCGGUCCUACUAUAAUUGUUUUGACACAUUCAUGGUGCAAGACUAAUGCAGUUUCCGGUUUACCAUGUCUUUCGAACGCAUGGAACGGUUCUAAACUUUACAUCAACUUGGAACAUCCACAAGUUGAUGAAUUCAAAGCUAGUUUUGGAUCCAACCUACCUGUUGCUUCACAAUCAUUGACUUGUGAUUCAUCUGUUCAAUCUAAUAACAAUUUUUGGACCAAAUUGUCUGAGGUCAAGAGUAUCCGCGCAGUCACUGAAUUUGGAAGGGACUGUUUUGCAACCACCAUUGGAACUACCACUUUUUUUAAUGCCUCCAGGUUUGGAUGGUAUUUUGAAUCAAGUGGAAAUACGGAUGCUGAACGCGCUGGAGAGGACAAUCCUAAGAUUUGGCCUACUCACCUAGAUGCCCUGUUGAAUAGACAAAUGGUGUUUCGUAUCAAAUAUCAAUCACAAUUCCGACGAUUCUCUAUCGUGAAGAUACUUAACGAAGACGGCCUUUACAAUAAGUUUGACAUGUACCUCGCAGCGAAUGAGGUCACACAAACUUGCGAACAAUCGAGCGUUGCUCAACCAGAAUCUGCUGCUGACCAUAAGGGGAGUCCUUCUGCAAGCUGCAGUAGUACUCCUGCCAAGAGGGUCGCUACGUCAACCUCAAUCAAUGAUCUCAUUCAGGCUGAUGAGCUCACUCCUAAACAAUCGGCCACUAAGUCCAAGAAUGGAAAGAAGACAAAGCACCUCAAAAAGGACUAA